UAGUCAUUCAAUUUUUCUAAAAAAAAUUACAGCUACCAUAUGCUCCAUUUGACUCGGAUUCAACCUAUCGAUUGGAAGUGAGUGUUUAAUUACUGGAGUACAUUUCUUAUGUCUAAUAUGGGUAAGAAAUUUGGGUUUCAGGGUUACAAGAAGGAUGCAAAAGUUGUGGUUGAUGUAACAGUUGAAGGAAGUCCAGGGCCAGUCCGAACCAUGGUCAAGUUGGGAUCCAGUGUAGAUGAGACUAUAAGGCUUGUCGUGGACAAGUAUAGCGAAGAAGGCCGCACUCCUCGUCUUGAUAAAAAUUCCGAUUCAUCUUUUCAAUUGUACCAGUCUUACUUCAGUCUUCAAAGCUUGAGCAACACAGAUGUGAUUGGAGAUGUUGGAAGCAGAAGUUUUUAUCUUCGAAAGAGUAAUAGUCAUGGAAGUAACCAAGAAAUAACAACAGAGAUUGCUCCAGUUAAGCCCAAUUCCCAUUCACUCAUUGUUCUCGAUGGAUUCUUUGCUCGCAAGAUAAAUAAAAUAAUUAGAAGGACAUGUAAGCUAUGGAAAAUCCUUGGUUGCAUGCCAUGUUCUGGAUGAUAUAAUAUAACUAGUAAUAGAGGUGAAUCAGGAAUUUUACAUUAGUGUGGCUUGCACUUACUACUAUUAUUUGAUAGAGUAGCAUGAGUAUUAGAUUUGCUACUCAAGAUAUCACACUCUGUUCCGUGUAACUUUUAUUCUCCUCAAUAGUAAUGGAUUUAUAAGAUCCAUUCAUUUGUAAAGCAAAAUGUUGUAUAAAUUUAUUUCAAAUCUUAAAAGUGUUUAAAUACAAAGUGUCAUGGGAAAAGAUAGACAAUUCAACGUG